AUGCAAACGGUUAUAAGCGUUAUAAAUUUCAUUCAUGCCCGUGAUCUUAAUCACCGAAAAUUUAAAGAACUUCUGGAGGAAUUGCGAGCUCAUUACAGUGAUGUUCUCCUACAUACUGCUGUCAAAUGGCUAAGCAAAGGGAAAGUGCUGGAAUGGUUUGGCAAAAAUUGUCCUGAACUUGAUGUUGAUGAAUGGUGGAUACCAACAGCUUUUUUGACCGAUAUUACACAAAAAUUCAACACACUUAACUUGGAAUUACAAGGACCAAACAAGGUAAUUGGGCAAAUGACUAACAAAAUAUUUACAUUUGAAGCCAAACUGAAAUUAUAUAUAAAUGAACUCAAAGUAAAAGAUCUGUCUAAUUUGCCAACUGUUGCUAUGCUCCGAUCAGGCUUAACUAUCGCUGAAACUAUUUACCAAAACAUGAAAGAAUAUUUGUUUUUUUAUUUGGAAGAAAUAAAAAACAGAUUUGCAGAUGUUAGAAAUAUUCGAAGAUGUUUCAUUCUCAUAGGGAACCCUUGGCGUGUUGGACAGGAUGAUCUCAAAUUAUUCUGCCAAUUUGGAUUUCCUAAAACUAAUUUGCUAAAUGAAAUAAUCGAACUUCAGCAUUAUACACAGCUUACAGCUCUGUUUAUAGAACAUCAUGAAACACAACAGUACACUGAAUUUUGGAAAUGUGUGCCUAACAAUUAUAAAAAUUUAUGA